GGUGUGGAGCGGAGAGCCGGGCUAGGGCCGGGCACACGGACACCGAAAGCGGCGGGCUGGGAGCUGAGGAGCGGAGAACCGGGCUAGGGACGGGCACAGGGAGGUCCUCACACAUCAUCCUCAUACGUCUGAUUUGUUUCAACGUUAAAUUUCCACGCCCUCUCCGCUAUUUCCCUUUAUGCUGAGCUCUUGUGGAACACAAACUCCAGACGUUCUACAGCAUUACAUUACAGAACCCAGGCAAAGUUUUUCUAAUAUUAGGGAACAUGAGAAAAACCAACAUCACAAUACAUUCAUAACAAUUAUGUAACACGCGAAAAGCCAAUACCACAGUACAUUUAUAACACUGGGCACGACUUUCUGCACUAUGAAAUGUCCCUCUGGCCACGGUCAGCUCUCCUGGCCCUGCUCCCUCACAGCUUCUCCUGCACCUCCUGCCUGGUAAACUGAAAAUUCCUGGAUUUGGGGGAAGCACAACUGAGCAACCCCUGCAGCAUCAGUUUGGUAUCACCAGUAUUCUCCUACAAAAUCCAAACCACAACACUGCACCAGCUACAGAGAACAAAACUAACCCUGUCCCAGCUGAAAACCCCUUUUGAGAAUAAUUCCCAAAACAUUUAAUUCAGGAUCUUCUGCCACUUCACUCACUUGCACAACCCUGUAAGUCAGAGGUUGCUUUUCCCUUCCCAGUAAAUCAAUCAGAAUUUAAUUUUUCUGUUUCACACAGCAGGGAAAAAAAAAUUUUUUUUCAACUUGCAGUUAAGUUUUUUCUUGGGAAAAGCAAUUUCUUCAUCAGCUGCUCAGGAUUGUUAGGAAAGAGGGUGGAGCCUUCCCAGGCUGCCAUCCUCUGAACCAUACCUGAGUAUAAAGAGCAAAGGAGAACUGCAGCCAAGAAACUCUCAAAAGCUGCUCCAGAGGCUGCUGGGAUUCCAAGACUGGGUUUAUUCUUCCGCUGCUGGAACUUGCUGCUCCAAAGAGAAGAGGGAAGCUGGACCCAGCUAAUUACGUUGGAGGAUUAAUUACAACUGCCAUGGUCUCAAUGUGAAACUGGAUUGUUUUUUUUUUUUUUUUAAACACAACUGAGCAGGGUUUUCUCCUCCCCUCUUCUCUUUCAUCUUUCCCUGCACACACACACACACACACAGAGUGGAGAUGUUGCAAACAGCCUGCAUGAGUCCUGAGCUCCUUGUCAACCAAAACAUGAGCGAAAGUGAAAUCUGUGGCUACAGCCCAGGCCAGGGGUCUCCACUGCCUGGAGAAACUGCCAGUCCCAAGAGCUGCUUCCAGCAGAGCCCAUCGCUGCCAGAUUCUGGAUUAACUGAGCUGAACGUUGCGAGUCCCAAGAUCUACCACCCUCCUCCUCCAUGCAAACCUCCAGGGAUGCCUGCUCCUGCUGAAGCGCUACAUGGGUGUGAGAGUGAAGAUGCCGGUGCGGGAAUUGCUGAGGAAAAUCCGGCUCUCCAAAGGCCUGGAUGCGGCUCACAGCAAGGAAGCCUCAUCAGUGAAGAUGGUAACCAAAGGAUCCUCAGGAAAAACAGGUUUGGAAACGCCUCACUUGGUAACAGAGCCUCCUUUUCUAGUAGGAUCAUCACUGUGAGGUACCCAAAGAGCCAGACCACUUCUGUCCCAUGGUCAGUGGUCCCUGCUGGGUCCCAGCUGUCCUUAAAUUGCAGGAGGCCAGCCAGCUGUGCAUCACCACCCUGUCUGGGUUAUCUAUGUCUUAUCUGGGGCAGGACUGAUGGGAAUCUCUGCUCUGUGUGCCUCUCCUCAGCUCUGAGCAGCCCUUUUCUUCCUGUCUUUGCAGCAGAGAAGAGAAGAGCUCACCCUUAUACAGAGAAACAGCUUAGACAGAGCAAGCAGAGCGCUGGGCAAAGCCCCAAAGGCUUGGAGGACCUCGACAUCCUGGUGGAGGUGCUGCAGGAGGAUCUGAACAAGAGCCAGCUCAGGGAGGAGCCUCCGCCUCCCGUGCCAGAUGGGGUUUGGCAGGAAUUCUCCACGGAUCUGCAAAGCUCCCGGUGGCAAAGUGUGGCGAGCAAGGAGGCAGCUGGUGGCCUGCAGGGGAGACAGCGCAGCUCAGCAGGGCUUCACCAGGAGUCCUGCUUGAAGGAUUUCCACCUCAUCCUGCGGGCAGGGGCAGAGCCUUCCUUCCAUGGUGAGCAGGGAAGCACCCACGGGUCCAGCUCGCCGGGAAUGUUCUGCAGGACGGGCGAGAAAGGGAGCGGCUGGUGGAUGCAGGAUGCGCUCCCGAGCUCCCAGGAAGAUUUCCCGAGGAAUUCUCCAUCCCAGGACACGCCUGCUCUCCUCAGCCCGGCAGAGAUGCUGCUGGAAGCUCACAGGGGCUCUCCGGACACCGAGGGACAUUCGAGGCUGACCCCAAUCUCCUUCACACAGCAGGACCUCUCUGCCCUCUCCUUCUUCCAGUUCCAGCUGCACAGGGAGGAAAGUUUGCUGAGGAACAUCCCGGCGGAAAAACUGCUCGCUCCCGAUGAAAAUGGCAACAGGCUGCUGCACAAGGCUGUUGCCCAGGGAAGGAGGGCUCUGACUUUUGCCCUGGCACAGAGAUUUGCAUCCCUCAACAAGAUUGACGAGAAGGAUGCAGAGAAAAGGACUGCUUUGCAUCUUGCUGCAGAAAAGAACCAGCACCUGAUGGUGAGCGACCUGAUCUCCCUGGGAGCCAGUGUCAAUGUGCAGGACAGCUCUGGGAAAACUCCCCUCCACCUGUGUGCAGAGAAUGGAUACCUGAGAGUUCUGCAGGUCCUGAAAAGCUGCAAAGACAAUGGGGUGUGUGUGGAAGUGGAUCUGCCUGACCACUGUGGUUUAACCCCCCUGCACUGCGCUGCUCUCGCCCACACCGUCCUGGUGACAGAAUCCCACAGCACUGCCAGCGACACCGACCAGGGGAGGUUCCUCAGACUGCGGAAAGACCAAAUCCUCGAGGGAAUUCUCUGCCUGCUGCAGAUGGGAGCAAAGCCUGAGCUGCAGGUACUGAAUUCAUGUCCAAUCUCCACCACCUGCCUAAAACUCGAGGAGAACACAGAGCUCAUGUGUUUGCUUCAGACUCAUAAACCCCAAGGACAAGAUGUUCUUCAAGAGAGCUACAUCCUGCUGGAUGCUCCCAGAGGAAUACCCAGUGCCCCAGCAGCAGACAACUUACCUGAACCUUGCUCCAUGGCAUCCUCAGACCUCUUUGAUGUCCUUCUCAAAGGGAAAUGCUGGUAACUCACCUCACCUGCAUCUCGUGGGCCACCUGCUGCAGGAGAAUAACCAGAGGACAGGCAGUAAAAUAUAGAAUAUAUUGCAGCUUGAACUGACUGCUGGAAAGAUCUCAUCUGGACCCAGAAUUAUAGAGCAAACCCAUAAAGGGGGAAACCCUCAGUGCAGGUUUCACCAGGAAUUCAGUGUUAGAUGCUCCAGGUAGAAUUAGAUCUUCAUUUUCUCACAAAUUUGUGCUUCUCUGCUCAGGUCUGAGGUGUAGCUGCCCCACAGUCUGAAGCUCUGGCGAUUUUUCAUGCAGGUGUUCAGCCUAAGAGAAAGAUUUUAACCAUCCAAGACCCACUCUUGAGGGUUUUGGUCUCUACACUCCAAAUUCAACAUUCAGAGAGACUGAAAAAUCUCAGUCAUUGUAAACAGGAGCUCUGGGAAUUCAGAGCCUGAUGAGUUAUAUUUAAUAUUUUCUGCAGUCUGGCUCUGAUUUUGGCCAAGGCUGGAGUGGUCACACUUUAAGGCAGUCUCGGGGUGAAGUCCUUCCAAAAUGAAACAUCGUGCUGAGCAUGUUUUUCUCAACAAAAAUCAAGCUUUUUAUUUAUGCAAUCAGAAUUUUGCACCAACAGUGGAUUGUAGGUGAAGUCCGGGACAGAGAAUUUCAAACCAGGUCCUUUCUAACAGAUCUAACAGAGGAUUUUACAUUUAUAAAGGUAAAAACUUUAUAACAUUUGUAUAUAUAAUAUAAAAUUUAUAAAAUUUACAGAAUUUAAAUAGAUAACAGCUUUUUAAGGAUUAUUUUUUACACAAAGCAGUUUUGCAAGUUGGGAGGGUAACAAGGAGCUGAAAUUAUCCUGUACUGCCAGAAAGCCAAGUUAUUUGGUAGAAUUACUACAAACUAGGUAAUUUUUUAAAAAAAUUAUUUCUUCCCAGACUUACUCUCAUUUAAUUUUAACUUCUGGUUGCGAGUUUGCUGGUUUCUAUGAAACUUCCCUGUUUGCUACAUAGGGAGCAAUUCUACUUUUACAGAACCUAAAGCCAAAAACCAACUGAUCCAGCAACCCCUCACGUGUCUCCUGUUGAGGAAAAUGGGAGAUUUUCCACGUGAAGCCACUGCAGGAUCCAGUGUUAAGUACUCAGCAUGUUUGGGGAAUAUUUUUAAUGAACCCUUUGCAUUUGCUUCUUGUAAAAAAAGGUAUUUUCGUGUUAUGGGGUUUCCUUAAGUGUUAAGCUCCAAGAGCUACGUUGCACAAGGUGAAUUAACUUUGACUGAGAAGUGGCAGUGUUGAAGUUAAUUCCAAUGGGAUUUGGGUCAUAUCCCAUGAUUCUGAUGCCCUGCACAGCUAAAUAGUUCUCUUUUGUAUUUUUUCUUGUCUGAGUGAGACAUAAGAAUUCAAAAUCUUUCAGUAUUUCAUUAAAAAAUAUAUAUCAUUUGUUAUUCUCAUGAUGAGUUGCAUAUCUCAUCCACCUCCUUCCAUAACUUCCCCUCAUGUUUUAACCAUGUGAAGUCUCUUCUUUUUCCCUUUUUGUCCCAGGUUUUACAGAUAUUUUCCUCUCUGGUUAUUUCUCUCUCUGUCCCCCCAUCACCACUCAUCCUUCUUUGUGUUUGCCUUUUAACUCACAUCUGUUCUCCCAGAACUUUUUAUUCAUUUCAAGACAAUUAAGGAGGAACUGCUGGGUUAACUCAGCUUCCAUUUGUGGGAUCGAAGGGUUCAGAUCCAACUCCUUAUUUUCAUUAUAAACCGACCAAGAAAUCCUACAUCAUGAGCAUGAAGCAGAGUGUUGAACAGAGAGAAGAGCAUCCACAAGCAUUUGCAGGGGAAAAAACUGAAUUUUCUCACAGGAUUUCUUAAAAAAGCAUAGAAAACUCUCAUGUAAGAAUACAACAAUCAAGUUUUUUUUAGUCAUGCGAACCAUUCAGGUGAAAAGACAUUAAACUGAUGGAGUAUUAAACUAUUCCUAUCUAUAGAAUAUAAUAUAUUCAUAUAUAUUCAAUAUACUCAGAGAUUAACUUGCUUCUAAAGUAUAUUCUAUGACAGUUAUCCAAGAAUUGCAUUGUUAGUAGGUGGCUUUACAUCAUUUCACUGCUCCUUCUUGGCAAUAAAUACAUUAUUUCAUGCAGUA